UGGUGAGCAGCAUCUGAUUACAGACACGCCAGCAGGCUGCGGAGGGAGAAGACGCUUAUCACUAAAGGGUGAAACAUUUAAUUCCCCUGUGCAGAAAAACAAACUUGUUCAGCUCGUUUAUCUCCGCCUCCUGCGCAGGAAAACAUUUUUGGCUUUUUUUUUCGACCGGAGCGAAUAGGACGAGAUAGUUCUUCGCUGUCAGAGGCUUUGAGUUCAGUAUAAAUGGCUGAAGGGGCCCACUUUCCUCUGAAUAAAACCUGCAGGAUGUCGCAGUUGGUGGAGGUGUGAGUAGAAAGACCAGCUGUUUGCUUUAGGAGGAAUAUCGUUUUUAUUCAGCCGAACAAAAAGGAUAUUAAGGAUUGAGAGUUUGGUUUGUUCCGUCUGCGCGGAGUUAAACAGGACUCCUCCUCUCUCUGUCUGGACUGUUCUGCCUCUCAGGCCGCUGAAGAAACAAAGCUGUCUUCUGUCUGGACAUCUGUCCAUCUGUCUUCUUUUCUCUAAAAAGUCUCGUGUGCAGCCGCCAUCAUUCUGUGCUGCAGGGCCGACCCCAACAUGUCUUCCAAUGGAGACGUUAGCAUCCUUGACAGCUCUGACAGCUUCUGGGAGCCAGGUAACUAUAAAAGGACUGUGAAGCGGAUUGACGAUGGCCACCGGCUGUGCAACGAGCUCGUCACCUGCUUCCACGAGAGGGCCAAGAUCGAGAAGAGCUACGCUCUGCAGUUGAAUGACUGGGCCAAGAGGUGGAGAGGAAUUGUUGAAAAAGGCCCUCAAUAUGGGACCCUGGAGAAGGCAUGGCAUGGCUUCAUGCAGGCGGCCGACCGUCUCAGCGAACUGCACAUGGAGCUCCGGGAGCGGCUGCAAGGGGAGGACAGUGAGAAGGUCCGCAACUGGCAGAAGGGUGCAUUUCACAAGCAAAUGAUAGGAGGCUUCAGGGAGACAAAGGACGCAGAUGACGGAUUCAGGAAAGCUCAGAAACCCUGGGUCCGCAAGUUAAAAGAGGUUGAGUCCAGCAAGAAAAGCUACCAUCAGGCCAAGAAGGAGGAGUGGACAGCCGUUACCAGGGAAACGCACGCUAAGGCUGACCCGUCCAAAUCACAAGAGGAGGUGCGCAAAUUCACGGUCCGAGUGGAGCGCUGCAGCCAGGAGGCUGAGAAGGCAAAGGAGCGCUACACCAAGGCCCUGGAGGAGCUGGACCGUUGCAACCCACGCUACAUGGAGGACAUGGAGCAGGUGUUUGACCUCACGCAGGAGGCAGAGCGCAAGAGGCUGUGCUUCUUUAAAGACGUCCUGCUGGACAUCCACACACACCUAGACCUGUCCGCCAAAGAGAGUUUUGUGAACCUGUACCGGGAUCUGGGUGAGACCAUCCGAGCAGCCAAUGAUGCUGAAGACCUACGAUGGUGGAAGAAUACCCACGGACCGGGGAUGAGCAUGAACUGGCCCCAGUUUGAGGAGUGGUCUCCUGAUUCAAGCCGCACCAUCAGCCGUAAGGAGCGAGGAGGAAACUCUGAGGAGAAUGUGGUCACCCUCACCAACAUAGUCUCAUCGGGUGGAGGAGACGUCCCGCCCAGUCCCAUCACCAUGGAUACGAGCAGGAUGAAAGAUUAUUCCUCAGACUGGUCAGAUGAGGAGAGUCCGAAGAAGGUGCUAGCUGUGAACGGCGUGGGGGAGGCGGACGAUAAGGAGGAGCAGGAACAGGUUGAGGGGGUGCCAGUGAGAGCGCUCUAUGAUUACACGGGCCAGGAGUCGGACGAGCUCAGCUUUAAAGCAGGCGAGGAGCUGCUGAAGCUCGGAGAGGAGGACGAGCAGGGCUGGUGUAAAGGGCAGCUGAAGAGCGGCCAGGUUGGCCUUUAUCCUGCCAACUAUGUCCAGGCCAUCACUUCCUGAUGGCUCUAGCUGCUCAACUCGGCCAAUUAGGAAGCUGCAGUCGGCCUGCCAGGAAUCACUGAAAGCAUUCAGUGACAGCCUGAGGAUGUCUUUGCAAAGGAAGUGACUGUUUCAGGAUACCCGUUGCAAGCCUGUCUUUACUGUCAUUUGAGCAACACUUGACUCUUCGGUCGAACGAAAGAAAAUCCUCCUUUUGAGAUAUUCAGUUAAACUCAUUUGACAGAGGAGAGAACAGAACUACGCUGCCAGCAGUCAUUCAGCACUACUAGGAAAAGCAGAAAGGCAAUUUUUGCCGUAUUUUCUAACUGGAAAUAUUUAACUCUGUACUUGGAUACAAACAAUCAACAGCAAGUAACGCACCAUAAACUUGGCUUUUCUUUUCAUUCUAGCCAUUUGAACAUUCUGCAAAAUGUAUACCAGGUUGGAAUGAAAGCUCAGUCCAGCUCACAUGGGGCUAGGACUUGCAUAGCUUAGCAUAGGAGCAGUCUAACUAUGCUAAGCUCCUCUGUUUAUUGCAACAUCCAAUUUGAGAAGCUUUAAUUUGAAAUGUAAUCAUUGCACAUUUCAAACAUGCCUAUGUGAAAGUUUUUAUCCUCAUUUACCAGUAUUACCUGGAGCCCCUAGUGGUCAUCAGAGUAACUGCAUGUUCAACAUAUUCCUCCUUUUUUUUUUGUCCCUGGAUGAUAAUCUUUAAAGUGUUUUCUCACAAAAAUGGUUCUGACUCAGUAUUUCACCCUCAGUAAGUUGUAAAGAGAAUGGCUUCAGUUGGAGGGAGAAAAAGUGAAUUCCUGCAGACUAACUGGAUGUAAAAGUAAAAUAUGACAAAGAGUUUUCUUGGAAAUGUUAUCUCUUAUCCUUAAGUCUCCAAAAUAGAAAAGUUCUGGUAUCUGGUGAGGGCAAGAUACUAAUUAUUAAUAACUGGCCUACUGAACCCUGUUAAAGAUAUUCCUUUGAGAUGAAAAGCCAAAUUGCAGACUGUCAGUGCCUUAGAUUAGAGGCUAGAAAUGUGCCCCGCUGUUGGGAAUCACAUCCUACAAAUACACAGCAUGGCGCCUCUGUUUAAACGAUCUAUAAUUUUCUGGAAAUGUGCUGGCCUCCGUUCUGUUUGAAUGAAGAACUACAUCCCACAUACCGACACCUCGGGCCAUCACAAACCAUUUUGGAAAUGUGCACACCAUCAUAAUUUGGCUGAUUCCUUACAGCCUGCUGAUGAACAGCGCCGCCCUACAGUUUGGCCAAAGAAUUGCAUCUGGACUCAUUAAAGUGACCAACUCCACUGCUCUGCUGUUGAACAGAGACACCUGGUAGAGCUUAAAUUGGACUUUGCAGUGAGCACCUGACUGGAUUCUUUCCUCCCAUUUCUUUAACGUGUUUGUUUUAAGUUAGUUGUUCUAGCUAUUCUAGGUUUGGAUGUGACUCUCUUUGUUUUUUUAAAUGAUAAUAAUAAUAUUAAGAGCGAUUUGUUUAUAUUAGCUUCUGACAGUUUAAAUUGUUUUUAAAAAUGUUAUUUUUUACAGUGUCAGUCGGUUUCCUUUUGACUCUUCCUCCAUGGGGACAAUUGUGACCAGUGAGAGAGGUUUCUUUUUAAAGUCUGGCUGUGAACACAACACAUUGACCUCAGUCAGAUAACACAAGUAUAGAUUUUUAUUGUAUACUCUUCUAUUCUUUUUGCUUUAAUUUUGGGGGGUUGUUUUUUUCCAUGUUUAAAUUGUUUUUCUGAGGAAAGCUUCCUCUGUCCUGCUGAUCCAAGUACAUCUAAAGCUAACCUGCAUACAUGUUUAAAUUCUAAUGAGAGAUAAGAGAAUGUGUGAGUUCCUGCUCGCUCUUUAAGUCUUUCCUACAGUGUAGCAUGUACAGUAUGUAAGAUUGGAGAAAUAAACCAAGCUUGCUGCAGUUGAA